UAAAGUUCUGUUUAAACCCAAACUAAUAAAUGCUGACAAAAUGUAUGGAGAGGUAACAUACAGUAAAAGACUUACAGUUACCCGUUUGACACAACACGUAACACGUAACCGAGUGUCAUGAUGAUCAUCAACUCCUUCCAUAAAUAGAAAGCCCCAUUUUGUGUGGAUCUUUCAGCAAGCCUCAUGUAUCUCUUUCUAAUUUUAAUCUGGGCUCCGGUGAUGUUGGGAGUGUCUACUAUGAUGCUGCUCGACUAUAAUUCUGUCUGUAUGAAGCCUGGAAAUGCAGUUAAGACACAGUUACCUGGACACAUCUGGGAAUCAGCUGACUGCAGUGCAAAGACAUAGUGAUGGAGAGAAUCAUAUCCGAGUGCACGGACAAAGAUGAGACAGAAGAGGAAACAAAAAAGGAAGAUGACCUCAGCGGUGUGGAGUGUCAGAAAGCCUGGGAGCCAAACUACUACUGCAACGUGACCAAGGAGAUUCUUUACUAUGCUGGACAUGAAAUCAGGAUCUAUGAGUCUCUUGAUACUUACGGUGCCACCAUCUGGCCUGCGGGGGUCGCACUAUGUCGGUAUCUGGAUUCUAAUCGAAGAACGAUUGAUCUGCAAGACAAAGCAGUCUUAGAGCUUGGAGCAGGAACUGGCUUGGUAUCCAUUGUGGCCAGCCUCUUGGGUGCUUGGGUCACCGCCAGUGACCUUCCUGAACUCAUGGGAAACCUGCGAUGUAACUUGAGCAGAAACACAAGAGGAUACUGUAGAUACACCCCCCAAGUGGCAGUGGUGUCAUGGGGCUAUGACCUUGAGCAAACCUUUCCCCGCUCUGUUUAUCGAUAUGAUUACGUUUUGGCCGCAGACGUAGUCUACCAUCAUGGCUUCUUAGCCGAGCUGUUAGUGACCAUGCGCCAUUUCUGCCAACCAGGCACGACCCUGAUCUGGGCCAAUAAGAUCCGCUUCGAAUCCGAUCUGGCAUUUACGGAGAACUUUAAAAAGACCUUUAACACCAUGUUGCUUGCAGAUAUGGGUGAGAUUAAAAUUUACUCUGCCACCAUGAAAGAUGAGGUUGAGGUAGAAAAUGAUUAUCCAGUGAUGGUGUUAGAAGAUGCAGCGAAGCAGGAAACGGAGUCGGAAAAGCACAACUUUGGACAUAUUAACAAGAUGCAGGAUCAGUGUGCGGAUGAGAACGAAGUGGAUUCACGGCAAAAGAAUGUCAAUGGUACGGGAGAAGAAACCGAAGAUAAGUGUGAAGAUAAAUACAAAGAAGCAGAAUCACAUGACUCGGAGAGGAACGAACUGUUGGUCCUACAGAGAUGCUCUUCACCCAGCAUGGAGUAUAAACUAGUCAAAGAGGUUUAUGACUUUCUUGGUCACAAAAUCUGCAUUGAAAAUUCCAACAGUGACAUCACAUGUCCCGCUGCAGUGGCUUUAUGCAAAUUCCUUGAAACACCAGCAGGUCAAGAGCAGAUUGCUCUACAUGACCGAACUGUACUAGAGCUACAUGCAGGAACAGGAUUGCUGUCCAUAGUAGCUACGCUGUUAGGUGCCAGAGUAACAGCUACAGACCAACCAGAAAGCUUGGAGAAUCUAAGAAGUAACUUGUAUCAAAAUACAAGAAAUCAUCAGCAGCACAAACCUCAGGUGGCAGCGCUAACACAUGACCUCGAGCAAAUCUUCUCCCAUUCCAAGUGUCAUUAUGAUUACGUGCUGGCAGCUGAGGCGCUCUACAACCACGACUGCUUUACUGAGCUAUUGGUUUCCAUGAAACAUUUCUGCCAACCAGGCACAAAUCUGAUCUGGGCUAUUAAAGUGCGCUACCCAUCUGACCUGAUCUUCAUUGACGACUUCAAUAAAGCUUUCCAUACCAUCGUGCUCGCGGAGCUGGAUAGGGUGAGGAUUUACUUGGCAACUCACAGAGCUCCAGACAACGAGGAUGACCUGAUGAAAACAACAAGCGUGAAGGAAGAGAUGGAAAAGUGUCACUCAGCAUGGAACAACACAGAGGAUGAGAAUCCAACCAGGGAGAAGACACGAAACAGCCAAGAUUGCAGUAUAGAUAGUGAAGAAAAUAAGGGAAGAUGUGAAGAAGCUGUUCUACGUCACCAGGAACUGAAGCCCGAGCAAGAACCGAGUGUAGGAACUGACAGCGAAGGGAAAGAGUCGCUGGUUCACAGUGAAUCCGAGUCUUUUUCUACAGAUGAGUCAGAUGAAGCGUUAUCAUGUCCGAGGAUUUGGGAAUCCAAAUUUUACUUCCCUGGCAAAGAGAUUCACUACUUCAUGGGUCAGAAAAUCAUCAUAGAGGAGUCAUUUGAUUCGUACGGUGCCAUGAUUUGGCCUGCGGCAGUGGCUCUUUGUAAAUUCCUGGAGACAACAAAAGGGAGCCAGGAAAUUAAUCUACUUGACAAAACAGUUCUGGAGAUUGGUGCAGGGACCGGGCUACUCUCAAUCGCCAUUACAAUGCUUGGUGCCAAAUUAACAGCCACAGAUCUGCCAGAAAUCCUGAAUAAUCUGAGAUAUAACCUCAAUCGGAAUACCAGAAUGCGCAGACAUGAACCUCGGGUAAAAGAAUUGUCCUGGGGUUUCGAGUUAGAAAAAACCUUCCCUCGCUGCUUACACCACUACGACUAUGUGCUGGCAGCCGACGUGGUUUACCAUCAUAACUUCCUAGAUGAGCUUCUAGCCACCAUGCAUCAUUUCUGUCAACCAGGCACAACUCUCAUCUGGGCCAAUAAGAUACGAUAUCCGUCUGACCUGACCUUCUUAUCACAAUUUGAGAACAUUUUCCACACCACACUGUUAGCGGAGCUGGAGGAGGUACGGAUUUAUAGCGCCACAUAUAAAUCUUCAUAAAGAAGAAGGGCAAGAAUGAGAUGUAGAAUAAGAUGGUGAAGAAUUGAAGAACACAUUGUGGAAUUUCUCGGUUCGAAUCCUCCUGGGAAGUUCGGAAUUAUGAAGUCAGGUGCGACUUGUCAAGACUUCCAUCUGAUGAAACUGGGUACAUCUUGUGAGUUGGUUUUAAAGAAUAGUCUCGUACUGUAUAUGCACAGAAAACCACUCCGUUACUUACUAGCUGAGAGAAGCUUUAGAGGUCUAUUAUAUAUAUUAUAUAUAUAUACACUAUAUAUACAUACACAUACAUAUACAGUAUCACAUAUAUACAAUAUAGUUUCCACAUGCUUGACUAAACUUAAGACCAGAAAGUUUCUGUAGGUGUUUAAAUGUAGAGAAAUGACAACUAUAAGGAUAGAAUUAAAGCUUAAUGAACACUUUAAUCGAAGCACAGCUUUGUGCAAGUUUCAUAUUCCUCAUAUAUGUUUGGAUGGUGUAUUUUAUUACUGCUGUAGAAACAGGAAUUACUUUUGUUUGAAAAACUUUGAAUUUCUAGAUUUGCAGAGCUGAUAACCUUUUUUUGUGUGUCUGUAACUGACACUUUUUAUGGGAUGGAAGUAAUUCAGGAGUCUAAAUAGAAGAAACUCGACAAAUUCAAUAACAAUAGCAUUGCUGCCAAUUACAGCUUAAAUAAGGUGCAUGUAUGAAAUGGUCUAUUUAUUUUAUGCCUAUGUAACUAAAUACUGAAAUAGAAAUUCAUAGUACUUAGAAAUCAGUAGAAAGUAUUUAGGAGUAUUUAGUAAUCAGUUGAGGACAGACAUGGAACAGAACUGAAUGAGGAAACAGACCCAGGACUAUUUCAGUGAACUGGAUGGGGAAUUAUCACAAAUAUUAAUAAGCAGAGAAAUAUAAUUUAGUAAGGCAGGUGAUAGUAUUAUAACCCUCACUUAAUGUCAUACUGGCAAUUAUACAUAAACACAGCAAAGUGUUUAAGCCAGGAAUACUGUAGUGGUGUUAAAUUGUAAAUGUAGGUCACUUACCUAGAUUUCCUGCUCUUUAUUGUUUUGAAAGUGAAAAACCCAAAAAAUGAUUCUGAAAUAUUUGCAUAUGCAGUUUGGAGGAAUAAUUUCAUAAAUAUUUUGUGAUUAAUGCGUCUGUAAUGUGAAUGGUGUUCAAUGUUGUUGCUUUUUAUACCCACCAGAGAAGGAAUUGGACGCUGUAUGUAUGAAGUUAUUUCCUAAUGCAUAAUAAACAUUUGUGGUCUAUAGAAUUGUAGACCAUUUUAACAAUAGACACUUUUCCCAAAGCAGCUUUAAACAAUCAUGUCCAUCAGAGUCAUUAGAUCAUAUGCAUCAGUCAUUCCUGAAUUAUUUUUAGUCUAUUGCAUGGAACUGAAUAGAAGUAGGCUUCUUUAAGACACAAAAUC